AUGGCACCCAAGAAUAAGAAGGGGAAAGCAAAGGCACAUUUCGAAACUGAUCCCACAAACCAGAAGGCGGCAGCAGCGGCGCCGCCCCCUCCUCCGCCUCCGCCUCCGCCUCCACCCCAACUACACCCAUCGCACGCAGGUAGAAGUCCUGCAGCGUUUGCAGAUCAAGAACUCGAAGGGCUCGAUAGUUUACUGAGCGAGGAAGGCGUAACGGGACAGGGUGAGCACGGUCAUGACAAUGGAGCUUGGGGAGGAGAAGGCGAGGGAUGGCCUGAGGGAAACGAGAGCAAAGGUGGGGACGGGCGCGGGGGAUGGGGAAACAUAGAUGGCUGGGGCAACGGUGGCGAGGAGAAGGAAGAGAAUCGAGGGAAUGAGGAGGCUGGAGGAGGCUGGGGUGAAUGGGACAGUGGAACGAGGCAGACGAGCGAGACCGGCUGGUCGGAAACCGACGAAUGGGGAGUGGGCAACGACAGGGAUCAGCGUCGGGCACAGCCUGCGCCGGCGCAGCAUGCGAAGGUGCGCCAAUCCCAAACAAACGGUCACACUGGUUAUCGGACACCCAGCCAAAAACCUAUCAUGCUGGGAUCGAACACGAUGAACAUGGCGCAAAAUGGGGACUGGGGCGGCCGUACAGCGGCGGGCUGGCAGUCCUGGGGCCAGCAGGCGGCGGCGGCCCCUCGCGCACGAACGCAGAGCCAGCCUACCCCGGCGGCGGCGGCGCGAACGCAAGCUGCUUGGGGCAGUUGGGCCGCUGAGGCGCGUCGAGCUUCGCAAGCUGGGAUAGUGCCUCCGACUACGGGACGAGCUAACACGCAGUACCGACAAAAUCCGACGACGCCAAGCGCUGACUUCGGCGGUUGGGGGAACAAUUCCCACGUUAACCCUCUGGUGUCCUCCGAUGUCCAGCACGGGCAACAGAGGAGGAACUUGUCUCCUCAACAGCAGUCGCAGAUUCUGAAUACACUUUUGGGCAGGGCACCAUAUGCCGGCUCCGAGGCGCCGUACUCUCCAGUCAUACCGGAUUCACCGCCGCAACUUCACCAUGAUCAGUCAACAAACCGACGCGGUCACAAAGUGAAGCAUCGAGAGCAAGAGCAUCACACUCGCCGUCGCCUGACGAGGCGCGGAAGUCAUCGUGGACAGGAUUGGGACCGAAUAACCGAGGAGGACGAAGAGGAGGAGGACGAUUGGGAACGAAUAGGGGCAGAAGAUAUCACUCCCAGUCCCAGUCCUCCUGGUCGCUUGUCGUCCGUUCUCACCCCUUUCCUUGGACCCCAGAAGUUGGGAAUCAGCUACCCCAUGCCAUCCCGAACUAUGGCCAUAGCCGCCCAAGGCGGACAUCCUGUUGCGAAGGGUAAUUUCACCCAAGAUCGACGGAAUUCUCAGCAACCUGUUCGCUUCGCCGAGACGAAUGGAGCCUCCCUUGCGUUAGCUCGACGUGCCUUCUUUGGUGACGAUCGUCAUCCAAAAGACAGGAUAUACUGGAUGUUUUCUCCUCACAAGGACCAGCGUGUAGCUUCCGCCCUGAGCUGGAUUGACGCAAUGUCGCCAGGUCUGGCCACUUUUGGUCUGCAGAAAUUCCUUGAAACAAGAGAGCGGGGGGCAUUGUUCUCCAAUGCGGGUUUCCGCUCCAAUGAUGCGCCGCCUGCUUUCGACUGGCUGACCUUCGAUCAGUUACAGGCUACUGGGGAUCGCACCCUCCAGGAAUCAGUGGCUUACUACGACCCUGCUGUCCAGGUCAUUGUCUUUGUAUUCCUUCUCUCCCCUUCGGGCAACAGCAUGGCCAUGUGGAGGAGAAGAUUAAACGUACCGAAUAACAUAAGGCUAAAAUAUACGCAAGAGAUCCAGCUGGCGAAAGCUGCACUGCGGAAAGAUUAUGAUAUUUACGUUGAUGAAUCACCUCUUGACGAAGAGCCUCUGACGCCUUCGGAACCUCCAGAACCACCUCCCAAGAAGAAAAAGAAGGGCUUCUGGAGCAGGUUGAAGUUCUGGAAGCUCUUCUAA